GUCAGUCAGUGUCAAAAUGUGGAAUGGUCUUGUCUGCUGGCGCAAUUUUCUUUUUGUUUGUAUUUUUAAGUUUAGAAUCUGAAAAAGUGUUGUAAAGUAUCUGAAAAAGAAUGAAUAAUGAAUGCUACCGAAACAGUGGAAAUUGGUUCAUCUGAUGAUGAGGUGGAAGCAAUUGAACAGAACAAUCCAAAACAUCAAGAAAAAACCAGUGCAGCCAAAACUGAUGUCAAGAAGACUACUACUACUGAAACUAAUAAAAAACUAACUAUCACCGUUGAGGAUGAACUGAAGGAACCAAACUUGAAGUCUACAAAAAUAGUUAUUGAAAUUGACGAAGUCACAUCUAAUAAAGAAACAGUAACAGAAGUACCAUCAAAUAUAAGAAGUAUAUUUGGUGUUGAACAUGAUGUCAAUGACUUUUCCCCAGAAUUCAUGAAGCUUCUGGAUGUAUGCAUAGAUUUUGAGUUUUCAGAAGGAAUGACUAGGAUUUUGAAUAGAAACUUAAUCCCUUACUACAAGCUAGCUGAUAAAAAACACACUGAAGCAUUGGAGUUCAGAAAGUUUCUAGAAAACAUUAUAGUUCAAAUGAAAAAGAACCCAGAACAUAAAUUCUCAUAUUUGAGAGAAGUUUGUAUGAACCUUAAAAGUCAUGCAUUGCGGAAGAGGGCCAAGUUGAUAACAUUGGACAAAGAUUCAGGAACUUCAAAGAAAAGGCGACUUCUAGAAGUAACACCAAAGAACCAAAUAGUUGAUGUUAUAGAUCUGGACAAUGAACCAGAAGCAGCUGCCGUCAUAGAUGUUGAUAAUGAACCUGAGGAUGUUAUCUUCGUAGCUGAGGAGAAAGAAAAUUUACCAAUUCAAAUAACCUCAGUAACAAGUAAUUUUGUUGAACAGCCAAAACAAAAGAACGAAGAUAUCCCAAUAGAAAUUACUUCAGCUAUCAGUAAUAUAGAUCCUGAACAAGAGCAGAAACAAAUAGAAGAGAGAAUCAAAGGUUUAGAGGCUCAUCUACAACUUUGCAAAGAAAAAAUAAAGUUUUAUGAUGAAAUGGAAGUGACAGAUGAAGAUGAGUGUGUCACAUCGCCUUAUUUAAUGAGUGAUUGGUUCAAAGGCGAGCUAGUAAGAGUAUACAAAGAACUCUGUAAACUGACAAAAAGCGACUACAAACCAAGCGCUAAGAUUGGUCACAUAAAGAUACGCAUAACAGAAGGGCACCCUCAGGGUCCAGCUCAGAAGCUUCAAGCGUGGCUCAAAGAAAACAGGGAAGAAAACGGGGACCUCUCAUUUCCCGACUUUAUAGACAUAGUCAAAUGUGUGAAAGCUGCAAAUGAAGAAGACUUGUUGAACUGGAGUAAAGGGCAAAUACUUGAGGAAGCACGGCGAUUAUUCACGGAAUGCGGUAAAGCGCUCCAGAAGCGCCGGCAGAAGCGCGAGUGGCGCGACCUGGUGAGCAAGGUGGAGGGCUCUGUGGAUGUGGACCCGGCUGACAGCGACCCGCUGUUGUGGGCCAAGCUCGAGGACAACCGACGGAUAGCUAGGCGGAAGGAAGCUGAUAUACUGGAGCACUACUCACAACUAACGCCAGGAUCGGCUGGCAAGCAGAGAAAUAAAAUAACUGUAUUUAAACCAAGCGCAGUAACGACCGAGAUUGCAGGCAAGAAAUACAUCGAAAUAUCAGUCGACCCUACUCAAGUACCGACCACGUCAACUAAUGCAGACUUUUCCUAUGAAGUCCCAAUAGAAUAUGACCUAUCGUGUCGAGAACAAAAUUUAAAAACAGAACCGAUUGAUCAAAAACCUCUGUUGGUUCCGCAGCCAAUAGACCCUAGUGACGUAAUAGUGUGUUCAGAUUCUGACGACUACAGCACAACAGACGAUGAACACUCUGAUGUGGAAUUUGAUGAUUUACCUGGCAACAAUAACGAUUUAAAUCCUAUGCCAGUUAAAGUUGAACUUUUUGAAGCCACUGAAAAUGACGUUAUUGCUGGCAAUGAUAGUCAGAGAAGCACAGGAGAUAGUGAAGGUGUGAUGCAUGAUACACACAAUAGUAUACAAAAGGAAGAUAAUACAGAAAACAAAGGAAGUAGAAUUAUAGAAAAUAAUACAGGUGCAAGGAAGAAUAAUACAGAAACUGAUGUUUUAGAAAACAAUAUAAGAACAAGCACACUUGACCAAGAAAGUGAUAUUUUAGCAAAUGAUACAAGUGCCAAUAAUCAUAAUAUUGAAAAUGAAAACAUUACAGAUUUGCGAUAUUCACAAGUAGAAGCUGUUAUUGAACAUGCUGUGGCAACUGCUGUAUUACCAGAAAGUGCUGAUGAAGGUGUAAAGAUCAAAGAAGAACCUGGAUUGUCAGCGGAAGAAACUCUCAAGCUUAUGUUAGAAUUUGAUAACAAUGGCCUUGAUAAUGUUCAAAUUAAGGUACUGGACUGUGGUGAACCACAAGUUUGCAUUGACAUAUCAUCAUCAUCAGACAGUGAAAGUGAUGAUGAUGAAGACAAUGAGUUAGAUAAAGUGGACCAAGCGACCAAUCCUGACCUCCAAAAUGCUGAGCCAAACAUAGAUAGAUAG